CUGUGGACAGCGGACAAUUUGCUUCCACUUUCCAUGGCAAUGGAGUCAACAUAGGGACUAAACACUUUUGUUUCAACAUAAUCUGCAUUCAUUUCAUUUCAGUGGAAAAGUGGUGAAAAUGAUCCUUAUUUUACUCGCAUUGACUGCAUUCUUUGUGUCUGGUGUUUUCAGUGUUGGUACAGACAGAGUGACCAUGAUGGAGGGAGAUUCAGUCACUCUACAGACUGGUGUUAAAACAAACCACCUAGAUAUUAAAUGGUAUUUUAAUGACAUUCGAAUAGCUCAAAUCACUGGAGAUCAGACUUAUAUCUGUACAGAUGUUCAGUGCAAUAAAGGCACUGAGAGAUUCAGACACAGACUGAAGCUGGAUCAACAGACUGGAUCUCUGACCAUCAUGAACAUCAACACCACACACUCUGGAGUUUAUGAGCUAAAGAUCAUUAAUAACCACAGCAUCAGUGAAAAGGCUUUCAGUGUUACUGUUCUUGAAGUUCCUGCUGCUGAAUUGGAUGAAGUGAAGAGAAAGACAGUGAUGGAGGGAGAAUCUGUCACUUUAGAUCCUGCUGUAAUAAGAAAACCAAAUAAUGUGAUGACGUGGUAUUUUACUGACAUUCUCAUCGCUGAAAUCACUGGAGAUCAGAGUAAGAUCUGUACAGAUGAUCAGUGUAAAGAGAGAUUCAGAGACAGACUGAAGCUGGACAAUCAGACUGGAUCUCUGACCAUCACAAACACCAGAAGCACAGACUCUGGACUUUAUAAACUACAGAUUAUCAGCAGCAUCCGUCGUCAUCGCCGCAGCAUCAGCAUAACCAGUUGGAAAAUAUUUUUUGUCACUGUCACUGCCAUCCAACUGAAGAGAUCAUCUUGUUUGGAGUAGCCUCCGUUCCCCUCCUCGUCUCCUGCCUCGUCGCUGUGUUGUUAUAGC